CUAUACACGAUUGAUUAAUGAUAACAACUCUGGAAAAGAUUUUGAAGUUACGCUGUCUCGAAUUGGAAGGAAUUCAUUCUGGGAUAUUUCUUUUCACGGGAAAUGCGAGGAUGGAUUCUAUUUCCAAUGGAAACUGAGCUGGUCUGCGAGUUACACCUCAGUGAAGUCAGCCACUAC